AUGCCUGUCGUUACCAGUGUUUCCAACGGUGCCCACUACGAUUUCAUCAUCGUUGGCGGUGGUACCGCAGGAAAUGUCGUCGCCGGUCGUCUCGCCGAUAACCCGAACGCCACCAUCCUCAUCGUCGAGGCUGGUGUCGGCAACCCGCAGCAAAUCGAAGAGAUCAUGACUCCAUCCAACGCCAUGGGUCUUCGAGGUUCCAAACACGACUGGGCUUACAAGACCACCAUGGUCAAGCGUGACGACUACGAACGUAUCGAGAAGCCAAACACCCGUGGUAAAGCCCUUGGUGGCAGUUCUUCUCUCAACUACUUCACCUGGAUUCCAGGAUGCAAGGCUACCUUCGACUACAUGGAGGAGUACGGUGGCGCGGACUGGACUUGGGAUAAGCUUUUGCCUUAUCUUCGCAAGUCGGCUACUUAUCACGACGACGAGGGUCUUUACCCCACCGAACUUUCCAAGAUUGGUUCCGGUGGCCCACUUAAUAUUUCCCAUGCCGAAUUGCUCCCUGAAUUGGCUCCUUUCCGUGAUGCUCUGACUAAGGCUUGGUUGUCUCAGGGCGGGACCCUUACUGAAAACAUUUAUGAUGGUGAUAUGAUCGGUCUCACUCAUUGUGUCGACUCUAUCUACCAGGGUCGCCGAAAUGGUUCUUUCCUCUUCGUUCCCGAUUCCAAGAAGAACAUUACUAUCUUACCAGAAGUUCAUAGCAAGAAGCUCAUCAUCGACAAGGCCAGUUUGACCGCCAAGGGUGUCACUGUUAUUGAUAAGAACGGCGAAGAACUCAGCUUCUACGCUGAUCGUGAAGUUAUCCUCUCCCAAGGUGUCUUCGAGUCUCCCAAACUUCUCAUGCUCAGCGGUAUCGGCCAAAAGAGCCAGCUCGAAAGUUUCGGCAUCGAAGUCCUCCUCGACUCCCCCCACGUCGGUCAAAACUUGAUCGAUCACCCAGCCGUCCCAUUCGUCCUUAAGGUCAAAGACGACCUCUGCAUGGACGACGUCCUCCUCCGCAACAACCAGAAAAACUUCGCCGCCAAGUCCACCUACGCCAAAGACCACUCCGGCCCCGUCGGUUCCGGUCUCCUCGAACUCGUAGGUUUCCCACGUAUAGAUGAGUAUCUCGAAAAGGACGCAGAAUAUAACCGUCGCAAGGCCGCCAACGGUGGUCUCGACCCUCUUUCUCCACACGGACAACCCCACUUCGAACUCGACUUCGUCGGAAUGUUCGGUUCCGCUUUCCAAUGGCACUACCCCAUCCCCAAGCAAGGUUCUCACAUCAGCGUCGUUGUCGAUUUAGUCCGCACCAUCUCCGCCCCCGGUGAAGUCACCCUCCAAAGCGCCGAUCCACUCGUCCAACCGGCCAUCAACCUUAACUUCUUCGCCGACGAACUCGAUAUCAUCGCUAUGCGCGAGGGUAUCCGUUUCAGCUACGAUGUUCUUACUAAGGGAGAAGCCUUCAAGGAUCUUGUAAUUGCCGAGUAUCCUUGGGAGAUGCCAUUGGAUGAUGAUAAAGCUAUGCGACACGCUGUCUUGGAUAGAUGUCAGACUGCUUUCCAUCCCCUUGGUACUAACCGUGUUUCUAAGGAUAUCACUCAGGGUGUUGUCGAUGAUAAGUUCAAGGUUCAUGGGAUUAAGAACUUGAGGGUUAUUGAUGCUUCGGCACUUCCGGUUAUGCCUGAUUGCCGUAUUCAGAACUCGGUUUAUAUGUGUGGUGAGAAGGGAGCUGAUGAUAUCAAGGCUGCACAUAACGAUCUCUAUUAG